UUUACGAUGAAUAUCGGUUUACUUUUCUAUACACUAUUUCUAUUUGUAAUUGCUUGCAUGAUUAAUGUAAACGGUUCAUUUUAAAUAUUAUAAAAUUCUAAUAAAAUUUACUAUUUUGUGUCUUGGAAAUUCAGAAAUGGCAAAUAUCGAGAAACUUCAGUUUCCGGCCUUAGAAAUAACUGGGGCAAAUUACACGGCGUGGAUAACUAAUAUGGAGCUUCAUCUAGAUUCAGAGAAAAUACUCGACACAAUAAAAGAAGGAAACAAAACGGCAUCUCAUGAAAAGGCUAAGGCCGUAAUAUUUCUGAGAAAGCACCUAGAUGAAAACCUUACGCAUGACUAUGCAAGGAUAAAAGAUCCUCUAGAUCUUUGGAAAGCCCUAAAGGAGAGGUUUGAUAACCAGAAGAAAAUAACUCUUCCCCAUGCACUCGAUGAAUGGGCGAACCUGCGGUUUCAAGAUUUUGAAAAGGUGGAAACGUACAAUUCCGCUAUAUUAAGGAUAGCGGCGCAAUUAGAAUAUUGCGGUAAGCCCGUGACGGAAGCAGAAAUGCUUGAGAAAACUUACCAAACGUUCCACAAAAACCAUUAUGUUCUACAAGAACAAUACAGAAACCGUGGAUACACGAGGUUCUCUGAACUCGCUGUAGCGCUCAUGAUAGCGGAGAAAAAUAAUGAACUCCUUAUCAAAAACCACAAUAUCCGACCCACAGGAACCAAAGCAUUUCCUGAGGUGAAUGCAACGGAUGUAAAAAAUCCGGAAAGAGGAAAUGUUUCCUAUCGUGGUCGUGGUCGUGGUCGUGGUUACGGUCGUGGUCGUGGCCAUCGAUUUAAUCGUGGUAAUGAAAGGAGUUACAACCCAAAAGGAAGGGGAUCCAACACGUGGAAUCGAUCCGAUCGUGGAAAAGGGAAUGAAGCCCAAGAAAACCCUACUCGUAAAAACGAGAACGUCUGUUACAGAUGUGGAUCGAAGGGGCAUUGGUCUCAAGUAUGCCGAACUCCUCAGCAUCUAUGUAAGUUGUACCAAGAAACCAUCAGAGGCAAAGCAAAGGAAGUUAAUCUUAAUGAGCACUUUGAGGGUACAACAUCUACAUACCUUGAGUCUUCUGACUUUAUGGACGAUGUCGACGAGGCCACUCAUCAAGAUAAUUAAAAUGCUUAUAGUAAUCAAGCCCAAUAAUGCCAGUGAUGCCAUAAAUUAUUAUUACUAUUAUGUAUUUUCAGUUCUAGAAUAAAAUUGUUUUUCGAAACAACUAAUGUAUAAUUAUAGUUUAAUGUAUAAGUGAG